UGAUUCGUCGAUUCUCCGCCGCGACCUUUCACCGGCGUCAACCUCAGCAGCACCAACCUGCUAUCAUGCUAAUUGUUAACACUGACUGUGACAUCUCUAAGUCACUUAACUGGCCUUGAACUUUGUGACAGAUUUCACCCUGAGACAUGACACGAAAAAAGACACAUGAACAGUCAGGUGCCGGCUGUUGAGUGACCGUCAGUGCCUCUCCAGUCAUGGCAGCGAUUUUUCAAAGAACUCCAAAACUGAGGACAGUGCUCCGACAUCUGAGGCCCACUAGUGCCCUCUCAUCUACAGCCACAACCAGACUUUCACCUGUAGACCUCCACAGUGCAUUUCUCACCUGCAGCUCAGGGCAGUGUGUGGCCUUCACUCGUAAGCUACACGCUGGAGCAGAUGGACCCAAGUCGUCUCCUGCUGCAGCCCCAGAGAGGCUGCCUUUCUCCAGAGUGACUCAGGAGGAUUUGUCCUUCUUCAGGAAGAUCCUACCAGGCAGAACCAUCACUGACCCAGACCUGCUGGAGUCCAGUAAUGUGGACUGGCUCAAAACAGUGAAAGGUUCCAGUGAAGUAUUGUUGAGACCUCAGACCACAGAGGAAGUUUCUCAAAUUCUCAGUUAUUGCAACAGCCGUAACCUGGCGGUGAACCCUCAAGGAGGCAACACUGGGCUGGUUGGAGGAAGUGUCCCAGUCUAUGAUGAGAUCAUCCUCUCCACUGCUCUUAUGAACAAGAUCCUUACCUUUAAUAGCAUCUCUGGUAUUUUGACUUGCCAAGCAGGUUGUGUCCUGGAGAACUUGUCUCUCUACCUGGAGGAGAGGGACUACAUCAUGCCACUGGAUCUUGGGGCAAAAGGCAGUUGCCAAAUUGGGGGCAAUGUGGCAACUAAUGCAGGUGGGCUGCGGCUGCUGCGAUACGGCUCCUUGCGAGGGACUGUGCUGGGUCUGGAGGUGGUGUUGGCAGAUGGGCAGGUGCUGGACUGCUUGGCCACGUUGCGGAAAGAUAAUACUGGAUAUGACCUCAAACAGCUCUUCAUAGGGUCAGAGGGUACACUGGGGGUCAUCACAGCAGUAUCUAUCCUCUGUCCACGGAAGCCAAAGUCUGUCAACGUGGUUUUCUUGGGCUGCGAGACCUUCGAGCAGCUGCUGAAGACAUUUCAGCUCUGCAGAGGCAUGCUGGGAGAAAUCCUGUCAGCGUUCGAGUUCCUGGACAGUGAAUGUAUGAGGCUGCUGAACACGCACCUCAAACUACCCAAUCCCAUUUCUGAGUGCCCAUUCUAUGUCGUCAUAGAAACAUCUGGUUCUGACCCGACACAUGAUGGAGAGAAACUCCACAACUUUCUAGAGGAGGCAAUGACAUCUUCAUUGGUCACUGACGGAACUGUGGCAACUGAGGACACAAAAAUAAAGGCUCUUUGGUCGAUGCGUGAACGUGUCACGGAAGCGCUGACUCACGAUGGCUUCACCUACAAGUAUGACAUUUCACUUCCAGUGGAGCGGAUCUACCAGCUGGUGACAGACAUGAGGGAGCACCUGGGGGACCGGGCCAAGAGUGUGGUGGGAUAUGGACACGUAGGUGAUGGUAAUCUCCAUUUAAACAUCACCUCUCCUGCCAAAGACCCCUCUCUCCUCGCUGCCAUCGAGCCGUUCGUCUAUGAGUGGACAGCCAGCUGUCAGGGCAGCAUCAGCGCUGAGCACGGACUGGGCCUGAAGAAAAGGAACUACAUCUACUACAGUAAAUCCAGCCAGGCUGUGGCUCUGAUGGGUGACAUCAAGGCCAUGUUGGACCCGAAGGGCAUUCUCAACCCAUACAAGACUUUACCAGACAACAUGAAAUGACCCAGACUGUCUCACUGCUGUGGGGCAACUUGUACAGUGUGGCAUGAUGGGAGACAAGAGGAGGAAAUGGAGGCCCAACUUCACCUCCAGUAACUUCAAAAAAACAAAGCCAGCUCUACCACAAACAGGUCUUCCUUGAUUCCUCUCUGCUUGUACAGAAGACUUUUUUUUUUUUAAUCAGCCACAGUGAGUUUAUGAAGAUGCCAGGCAGAGAGGAUCACUUAAUUUCAUAUUCUUAUUAUAAGAUACAGACUAAUUUCCUAUUGGCAGGUACUUACUGUAUGUCUACUCCAGGAACCACCAGGAUAAACAUGUAAUAUCUUGUAGUGUUUUAUCCGGUCAAAACAAGCUUGGCGGGAACAAUUUUCCUACUUUUUCCACUAUUUCAUUUCCUACUAGCUCCAAUAAUGACAAUGUGGGUACAGAAAGUCCAGUAGAUUAAAUGCCUAUAUAUGUAUACAGUCCGUCUCACACGCCAUUGUAUAUCAGUCUUACAUAUCCUCAGUAGUGUGGUAGCAGUGGAGGUUUAAUACAUAAAUAUCAUACUAUAUUUAAAAAGUUUAAAAACAAUUGUUUCUAUUGGCUCUUUUCCUUUUGUAAGUGAAUGUAGUGUGUUUGUAGUGUGUGUGUUUGUGGCUGUAGUUGGCAUGUUCUCAUAAAGCUAAGUGAGUGAAAUAUUUCCGAUUGUCUCUGAGCAGAAUGCCACCACCGCGUGCCACAACCACUGGCUGGGGGUCAGAAACUGUACUGUAGGAGACUCUCAGCAUCUAGUGUUUGUGUGUGUGUUUGUGUGUGAGAAGGCCGAACCCAGAGCAGUCUUAAAUGGGCAUUAAAGCAUUGGGAUGGGGUACUACAA